AAUAAGAAUAAAAUAAAAUAAAAUAGAAUUUCCCGAUGACAUUCAAAAACUCAAAAACAAGAAAAUAGGGGAAACAAAAAGGAAAAAACCAAUUUCCCAAAUUCAACUACAAUUUAGAUGAUUAGAUCUCAUCGGUUGAAGGAUUUUAUCUAGGGCAAAUCUGGAAGGGGUGUUUUAAGGAAACAUGAUCCGAAAGCGGAGAAUUUUUUGAAUCUGUGGGGAUUGAGGGAAACUUUUUGUUUGUAGGGUUUUGAUAAUGGACGCGCUCUCUGUAAUCCCCGCCGCCGUUCUUCGAAAUCUAUCUGACAAGCUAUACGAGAAGCGGAAGAAUGCGGCUCUCGAGGUGGAAGGAAUCGUGAAGACGCUUGCGGCCGCCGGAGAUCAUGAUAAGAUUACGGCGGUGAUUAACUUGCUGACCACGGAAUUCACCUUCUCCCCGCAGGCCAAUCACCGCAAGGGAGGAUUGAUAGGCUUGGCUGCUGCAACGGUCGGUUUGACUUCGGAAGCCUCACAGCACCUUGAGCAAAUUGUACCACCUGUGCUUAAUUCUUUUGCUGACCAAGACAGCAGAGUUCGUUAUUAUGCUUGUGAAGCUCUCUAUAACAUUGCAAAGGUUGUAAGAGGAGAUUUUAUUGUAUUUUUUAAUCAAAUUUUUGAUGCCUUAUGUAAGCUUUCAGCAGACUCAGAUGCCAAUGUGCAAAGUGCUGCUCAUCUUUUAGAUCGGCUUGUUAAGGACAUUGUUACUGAAAGUGAUCAAUUCAGCAUUGAAGAAUUUAUACCAUUAUUGAGAGAGCGUAUGAAUGUCCUAAAUCCAUAUGUCCGCCAAUUUUUGGUUGGAUGGAUCACUGUGUUGGACAGUGUUCCAGAUAUUGAUAUGCUGGGUUUUCUUCCUGAUUUUCUUGAUGGUUUGUUUAAUAUGUUAAGUGAUUCUAGCCAUGAAAUACGGCAACAAGCUGAUUCAGCACUUUCAGAGUUUCUCCAAGAGAUCAAGAAUUCCCCAUCUGUAGAUUAUGGUCGCAUGGCUGAAAUUCUGGUACAGAGGGCUGCUUCUCCAGAUGAAUUUACUCGGCUGACAGCAAUUACAUGGAUCUAUGAGUUUGUAAAACUCGGAGGUGACCAGCUUGUUCCUUAUUAUGCUGAUAUUUUAGGCGCAAUUUUGCCUUGCAUAUCUGAUAAAGAAGAGAAAAUAAGAGUGGUUGCUCGUGAAACCAAUGAAGAGCUACGUGCAAUCCAGGUUGUUCCAGCUGAAGGUUUUGAUGUAGGAGCGAUCCUCUCUAUUGCAAGGAGGCAAUUAUCUAGUGAAUGGGAGUCUACCCGGGUUGAAGCAUUGCACUGGAUUUCAACACUUCUAAACAGACAUCGUGCUGAGGUUUUAAACUUUCUGAAUGACAUAUUUGACACCCUUUUGAAAGCUCUUUCAGAUCCUUCUGAUGAGGUAGUGCUUCUGGUACUUGACGUGCAUGCAUGCAUAGCAAAAGAUCCACAACACUUUCGCCAUCUUGUAGUUUUCCUCGUGCAUAAUUUCCGGGUUGAUAAUUCCCUUUUGGAGAAGAGAGGUGCUUUGAUAAUCCGCCGACUUUGUGUACUUUUGGAUGCUGAAAGAGUCUAUCGUGAACUCUCAAUGAUACUAGAGGGAGAAGCUGAUCUGGAUUUUGCAUCAAUCAUGGUUCAGGCUUUGAACUUGAUUUUACUUACAUCCUCUGAGUUGGCUGGGCUACGAUCUCUUCUAAAACAAUCACUAGUGAAUCCCACUGGGAAAGAUUUGUUUGUUUCUUUGUAUGCUUCCUGGUGCCAUUCGCCAAUGGCAAUAAUAAGUCUUUGCUUAUUAGCUCAGACAUACCAACAUGCAAGUUCUGUGAUCCUGUCUCUGGUGGAGGAAGAUAUAAAUGUGAAAUUCUUGGUCCAACUAGAUAAACUGGUUCGCUUGCUGGAGACUCCAAUCUUUGCUUAUCUUAGAUUGCAGCUUCUUGAACCAGGAAGGUAUAUAUGGUUGUUAAAAGUGUUGUAUGGUCUUCUGAUGUUGCUUCCUCAGCAAAGUGCUGCCUUCAAGAUACUACGGACUCGAUUGAAAACAGUGCCUCCAUCUUCCUUUAGCGGUGAGCAAAUGAAGCAAACAUCUUCAGGGAAUCCUUAUUCACAAAUUCUACAUCACAUGCCAAGUGGAUCACAAGUUAUAGAGGAUGGUGAUGUGAACCAUGAUGCAAAUGUGCAUAAUGGCAUUAAUUUCGCCUCAAGGCUACAACAAUUUGAGCAUAUGCAGCACCAGCACCGUAUGCAUUCAAAAUCAUCACAGGCCCAGUCUCGCAACAAUUCCACUUCAUAUUCAUCAUCAAAGGAGGUGCAAAGACCAGAAGAAGCACGGCGACCUAUGCCCACUUCAGAAAUGAAUAAACCUCCCUCAAGAUCAUCAAGAAGAGGCCCAGGACAGCUUCAGGUUUGAUUAUGUUGCUUCUUCUUGCCAAUGGUUGAGGUUAAUCACACAUCAAUCUCAGCUUUUGCAAACCAUGGCACCUGGUAUAAUUUGUAAAAUUGUAUAUCGUAGUAGUUUGUUCUCUGUUAAAUUUAUGGAGGUCAGGGAUGGUGGGAAUUGGUUUUGAAUCUCAAGAUAAGCUUUGGGUAGUCGUCCUAAGCUAUUCGUUUCUCUUGUGAACGGAAUAUGCUCAUGUGGUUCUGUUUUUUUUGUUAUUGAAGACCAUAUGGGCUUAGAGGGAGAUAUUUAAUUUAGAAAAUGCAGUCUUUUUUUCUUUUCUUUUUUUACCCCUUGUUUCCUGUUCAUCUGUUACAACAAUCAUAUAAAAAUAAAGGAAUUGGCAAAUUUUUAUGAUCGCCAUCCUUUGAAAGAUAA